UCACUGCAGUCGUCUUGGACUGGGCUUGGACAUCACUUCAGAAUGACUCGAGACACUGUCAGAGCCUUUGUUGUGAUCUGUGGGAAAACACUGAAUUCCCACAAGCCCUUUCUGGAUCAUCUCACACUUUCACCCAACUUCCGUAAAGUGACCUCUGUGAAUGACAGUGAUGUCAUCAUUGCUUUUGCCCCAGUUGUGUCUCGAGCUGGAACUGACAUUGAAGCAGCUCUUCAGAAGAUUCAAGCAAUGUCAGCUACCCAGCGUGUUGUUCUAGUGGUGCUCCACCACACAACUGAGCGGGAUCCAGUCAUCCCGAACAGCAGCCGGAGUGUUAACAGGAGCGAUGUGUUCACUGUGGACUGCCUGUUUAAUGAAGACCGAGGGCUGCUGAGCUGUCAGCACAACGACCAGGCACUGAAAGCAGUGAAAGAGUAUCUGGGACUGGAGGAUGGACGUCCUCCCAAGAAGCAGUGGGCUUGGCAGCUACUCUUCUGGACAUCUGCCUUGCUGAGCAUCAUCCUGAUUUACUGCCUCACCACUCCGAAGUACAUUCACGCCGUCUGGUUUAUUCCCUGGAUGCUUCUUCUCCUGGUGAUUCUCCUAGAGAGGCAAGUGAGAUACCACCCCCGAGGCCAGGAGUAUAGUGGCACUCAUAUGAAUUCAAACGCAGAUGGCAAAGAAGACCAAGCCCUGCAAAUGAUGGUGGACGAAGAAACAGUGCCCGCUUGGAAGUCCAGCUGGAGGACGGUGACAGAGGCAGUGGGGAUGCGUGGGGAGCGGCCUGGCGUCUCUCAUGCUUCAGCUGGAGGGAUUAACAUGCUGCCAGAGGAGUUGAGACAGCAUGUGCAACUCACCACACUGACCAGCAUUCAAUCCAUGGUAGCCAAGGCAGAAAGUCAGUGCUCCAGCAUGAGCAGCACAUGA